GUGGCUCACGGACGAAUGGCUGAAAAAGAGGCUCGGAAGAAGUUUAAGCAGAUAGUAGCAGCAGUGCACUUCUGUCACUGUCACAAUAUUGUCCACAGAGACCUGAAGGCUGAGAAUUUGCUUCUGGAUGCAAAUCUGAACAUCAAAAUAGCAGAUUUUGGAUUCAGUAAUACCUUCACUCCUGGCCAGCUAUUGAAGACCUGGUGCGGAAGUCCCCCUUAUGCUGCCCCUGAACUUUUUGAAGGGAAGGAGUACGAUGGGCCGAAAGUGGACAUCUGGAGCCUUGGGGUGGUGCUCUAUGUCCUGGUGUGUGGGGCCCUGCCCUUCGACGGGAGCACACUGCAGAACCUGCGUGCGAGGGUGCUGAGUGGGAAGUUUCGCAUCCCGUUCUUCAUGUCAACAGAGUGUGAACAUUUGAUCCGCCACAUGCUGGUGCUGGAGCCGAGCAAACGGCUCUCCAUGGAGCAGAUCUGCAAGCACAAGUGGAUGAAGCUUGGGGAAGUAGACCCCGAGUUCAGUACAUUAAUAGCAGAAUGUCAGCAUCUGAAAGCCGAGAGGCAGCUGGAGCCCCUGAAUGAGGAGGUGCUGCUGGCCAUGGCUGAGAUGGGGCUGGAUAAGGAACGCACCCUCCAGUCAUUGAGGACAGAGGCCUACGACCACUACAGUGCAAUCUAUAGCCUUCUCUGUGAUCGCCAGAAGAGGCAUAAAACUCUGCGUACUUCUGCCUUGCCCAGCCUCCCACGGACUCUGACCUUUCCAGCACCCGCCAGUCUCCAGGCAGAACCUGCUGGCAACCCAGUGAGCCUCAGCGUCCCACAAGUGCAGCUCAUCAACCCAGACAACCAGAUAGUCGAGACGGAUGGCACCAUGAACUUGGACAGCGAUGAAGGAGAAGAGCCGUCUCCUGAAGCUCUGGUCCGUUACCUCUCCAUGCGAAGACACACCGUUGGCGUGGCUGAUCCUCGCACUGAGGUGAUGGAAGAUCUCCAGAAUCUGCUCCCAGGCUUCCCGCGAAUCACCCCACAGGCCCCGUUCCUGCAGGUGGCCCCAAAUGUGAACAUGGCAGCCAAUGUGCUUCCCAGGCAGCACCUGCAGCCGACCGGCCAGUUGGAGUACAAGGAGCAGUCUUUGCUGCAGCCGCCCACACUGCAGCUGCUGAACGGGAUGGGGCCGCUGGGGCGCAGGGCCUCCGACGGGGGAGCCAACAUCCAGCUGCACGCACAGCAGCUCCUGAAGCGUCCCCGGGGCCCGUCUCCCCUCGUAACCAUGACACCCGCAGUGCCUGCUGUAACCCCCGUGGAUGAGGAGAGCUCGGACGGGGAGCCAGAUCAGGAAGCCGUGCAGAGAUACUUGGCCAAUAGGUCAAAAAGGCACACCUUGGCCAUGACCAACCCCACUGCGGAAAUCCCGCCUGACUUGCAGAGGCAGCUCGGACAGCAGCCCUUCCGCUCCCGGGCCUCACACCUGGCACCUGACCAGCACCGCUAUGUCUACAAGGACUCAAACACGCUGCACCUCCCCACAGAGCGCUUCUCCCCAGUGCGCCGUUUCUCAGAUGGGGCGGCCAGUAUCCAGGCCUUCAAGGCGCAGCUGGAGAGGAUGGGCAACCACAGCAGCAUCAAGCAGCUCCAGCAGGAGUGUGAGCAGCUCCAGAAGAUGUACGGGGGGCACAUGGACGAGAGGACUCUGGAGAAGACACAGCAGCAGCAUAUCUUGUACCAGCAGGAGCAGCACCACCAGAUCCUUCAGCAGCAGAUCCAGGAUUGCAUCCGUCCGCCACAACCUUCCCCACCCUUGCAGGCGGCAAGUGAAAACCAGCCUGCUCUGCUCACUCACCAGCUCCAGAGAUUACAGAUCCAGCCCUCCAGCCCACCUCCAAGCCACCCCAGCAACCAUCUCUUCAAGCAGGCGGACAGCAGCCCCCCGCCCGUUAGCAGCAGCAUGCUCCAGGCCCACAGUGCAGCCUCCCAGACGCCCUUCCAGGGGGGGACGCCAUCGCCUCCGCCUCCACACGGCAACAUCUUCCGGCAGCCUGGGAAUCGCUCCCCACCCCCUAGCCUGGCCUUGCCCUGUGUGGGCCUGCAGCAGCCGGGGCAGCCUGUCCCCCUCCCGAUGCAGGAGCCCGGCGACCUCAUGGGCAACAGCCUUCUGCAGGCCGGGCGGGGCUUGCCCAUACCCCCCAGCGCCAGUCCGCUGCAGAUGCAUCAUCGUGCCAGCCUGAUGGCCUCCCUGACCUACGGACAUCGGCCCCUGUCGAAGCAGCUCAGCGCAGACAGUGCCGAGUCCUCCCACAGGUACCCAUCCGCCACAGGCUAUGCCCAGGCGCACCUGCACCCCCAGCUGUUCCCUGAGCCGUCCCGCAUCUCUCCAAGCAGCUUCGGCCCCGCCGGCCCCUCCGGCUUCCCUCCGGCCCCAGCCCUCAAGGUGCCACUGCUGGAGCAGUACUCCGGCUUCCCCCAGAGCAGCCAGCAGCAGCAGCAGCAGCACUACACAGCCUCCGCCCUGCACCAGGCCUUGCUGUCCCCCACCCCACCAGACUACAGCCGGCGCCCGCAAGUGCCCCCCAUCCUGCAGGGGCUGCUUUCUCCCCGCCACUCGCUGGCCGGCCACCCAGACCUGCGGCUGCCCCAGGCAGAGGUGGCCCAGCUGAUCAAGCGACGGCAGCAGCAGCAGCAGCAGCAGGAGUUCCAGGAGCUGUUCCGGCAGAUGAGCCAAGGGGACGCGGGACAGGGGCUCCCCAGCAUGGCCCAGAAACUCCCUGACCGGCCGCCCCUGGCUUUGCCUUACCAAAACACUGACCCCUACCAUCCCCAUGCCAGCCCCCAGCCACUCUUGAAAGUCAGGGGACAGGAGUGCCUCUCGCAUGCCUCGGGGUCGGCCCGCGGAUACGCCCCACCUUCGGCCCUGCUGCACUCGGAGAGCAUGGAGGAGGAGGAGGAAGCGGCGGACUGCUUGUGCGAGGGGCCCAGGGACCCUUUCCCCGGCCACAAGACCAAAGGCUGCCCCGAGACGCGGCUCCUCUUAAGCAUUGGGGGGCCUGGGGACUCGGACUCUUUAUUUGGGCCUGCCAAGGGUGAGCCAGAGCUGGGAGCCCACCUGUAUCGGCCCCAGACCGUCUCCCCCUUCAGUCGGAGCGAAGUGCCCUGCCCAGAUCCUAUGGUCACCGGUGGCCAGGAGAGGACCUCGCCCGGGCACAUGGAGAUGGCCGAUGUGGAGGGGCUCACGGCGUUCCCAGCAAGAAUGAUUCCUGGCGCACAUCCCAGAUCCCGGCCCCUGCAGAGACACCACACCAUCCAAAACAGCGACGAUGCCUACGUGCAACUGGACCCUUUGCUGGGCAUGAGCCUCAUGGCAGGGAAAGCACUUAGUUCUGCCCGGAUGGCCGAUGCUGUUCUCAGCCAGACCUCCCUGGUGGGCAGCCAGCCCCUCCCUGAGGGAGAGAGGAGGGAUGGUGGGGAACAUCUGGAAGGUCGGGAGCAGUCCAGCUUGGGUGAUGGCAGCCAGCAUCUCAAUGCCUCUUGCUACCCCUCCACCUGUGUCACCGACGUCCUGCUGAGCUACAGGCACCCGGAGCUUCCCUUUGGGGUGGAGCAAGCGGGGGUCUAGUGAGCUGAUGGCAGCCGGUUUUAUACAGCUCCGAAGUGAGAAGGUCCAUUUCAAACCGACAGUAUCUUGCAGCCUUGCACCAAACAGCCAUCACGUUUCUCUG